AGCAAGCGUGUCAGAGACUGAGAGACGAUACGAACCGUCGUCGUCGUGAACGAGAACAAAGAGACAUCGUACAUUCAACAAAAGUGAAAACAUAAACAAUAACAAGAACAAGAACACAAAAAAACUCAUACAGCAGAACACGAAAAUCGAAACCCGACCGCCCCCCAUCAAGUCCUCGGAAACGUGUCAACAGGAAUCGGCUUCCUUGGCCCCCCAGACGACUCCCACUAUAUGACCACCCAAAAGACAUCGACAAGCGCGAGUCCUGGCGGCGGAUGUAUUUGGGUGUGGGUACACUGGGUGGGGAGGCGUCGUGGUAACACUAUUCGUGUUAGGGGCAUGUUGUACGGAAUCUGUACGCGCGUUUGGGUCUGGGUGUUGGUCCGCGUUUGUGAAGUUGGUGAUGCGCAAGAACAAGAGGGUGUAGAUAUAAUCGGAAGUGGAAGAGGCGCCACCGAUCUUGAUCCCAACUUCAACUUUGAUUUCGACACAAACAUCCUGCGUAACAAAUUCAGAAUCAUGCAUGGAGGACCAGCAACGAGUCAGAAUACCGUGGAACAGCUCCAUCGACUGCGAAAUUGGUGGGUUUCGGGUCUUGGCAUGAGAGGGAGAAAGGUGGGAUCGCGGCGCUUUCCUCAAACAAGCUUGAGGAUGAAAAGGAGUGGGAGAUCCCAUAUCAGAUCCUCACACACAAUGCGUUUCUCUUCUGUAGUCGUACUCGCUGUCGUCGCUGCUUUGGCAUCAUCAGUCUCUGCCACGUCCACUGACGCGGGCACCGAGGACUAGUACUGUCCUUGGUUUUGCGGGUCUGACGGAGAAUGCGCAGACUGUUAUUACGGGGUUUGCGUGAGUGUCAGUAGUUUUCCUGGAUGUGAUACACGACUCACCUGCAUGGUAGAGAUUUUUUCUCUGCGUCUGAAACGAACAAUCUGCUUCUCGGCACAAAAAGGUU